UAGACACCUGACAGGUAUGAGGGCAGUAGUGUCUUGUACCUGCUGGCAGCGACACUCACCCUUCGCGCCAGUUCACAGGCUGGCAAGAAUCUGAGGAAUAUUAUAACUAAGACGAAAACAACAGAGGAGGCAAGCUCGAAGAAUUGAAGUCAUUAAAACAAAGGAAGAUCGUGAGCAGAAGAACGGAGCAGAGGGAGAGUGUGAGGGUGAACACAGGACUCAAGAUCUAACACAAGAGGUCAACGGAGGCUAAGGAACGUGAAGGAGUGGUACCGCAAGAUGCCUCUGGACGUGCGGCUGCUCCACUCCGGCGUCGGGAGCAUGAAGGAUAUGUUCAACAAGAAGGUGGAGGAACACAAACAGGCGCAAUUAGAGAAUCCGUUCAGCGAGUGGGAGGGCGCCGGCAGGGUGAGGAGGCUCUCUAAGGAGGACAUCGGUUACGGCAGGCCCGCCCCGGGAAGCAAGUCUGAGCAGAGGAGUCAGCUGGCCAAGGCUCACGUCAUGAUGGAGAUGCGGUACCUGUGUGACAUGAUCUGGGACUGCGCGGAGUGGCGGUGUCCGGACGGCAGAGCGGCGAUCACCUUUGGAAAGCUCUUCAAGCUCUACAUAGCCAUCUCGGACAAGGUAGUUGGUACUCUUCUACGCGCCAGAAAACAUGGCUUUGUGCACUUCGAAGGGGAAAUGUUGUACCAGCGGCGUGAUGACGACAAAGUGAUUGAGCUGAAGCGCCCCAUCAACACCAUCCGGGCCAGGUUUGGACAGAAAACCCGAGUGGCAAACGGCGGGGAGGUGGAGCCGUGGGGAGAUGAUGAAGACGACGACACUACAAAAAAUUCCAUCCCCAGAAGAAACUCAACACCCGGAGGCACCAAUAGGGAGGCACCGGUGACCGAGGGGCCCAGCGUGAGGAGGCACUCCCUGCCUCACUCCUCCAGGUCCCUUGAUUCCUCCCCGGAACGACGCCUGACCAGGAGCACUUCAGUAGAGGUUCUGGAUCACAAGCCGCCUGAGAUCGAGGCAGCGGCCUGUGCGCCUCCACCUUGCCUUGACAUCACCGUCACCUGCGAGGACACGACAUUGGACCUUGUAGAGAAGUUGCACAAAGAAAUAGAAAGGAACUGCAACCUGCUGGAUCCCGAGCCCGAUGCCUUGAGGGGCAGGAGGUCCCGCUCCACCACACCGAUCCCCAUGGACACCAUCCUGGAAGACUCAGGGGACAAGACGGGCAAGAACCAAAGGGUUGCGGCACCCACCAGCCCUCGCAUGGAGCCUCCUCCAGAAGAGCCCGGGGAGUCUUCUUAGAUUAACCUCACCACGGAGUCAGAGGAAAGCAAGAGUGAGUGGAGACACGGGUCGCAUAAGUUGAUACAAAGUCAAUAUAAAGAUGUAUUUCAGGAACGUUACUCUGUCCAUCCAGUCCUGCAGCGCCGUGACUCCCGCUGAGGAAGGCAGGGCUGAUCUGCCUCCAUGCAGCAGGCAGGAGACGGAGCGCGGGACUCUGUGUAGCAAUGAUGGGAAAUAUACAAGUACUGAAUAAUGAUGACAACAAUGAUGAUUUGUUGCUAUUGUUGAUAAUAACAACAACAAUUAUGAUAAUAAUGAUAAAAGUAAUAUAAAAAAUAACAAUAAUAAUACUGAUGGUGAUGACGAUGACAACAUACAUCAAUACAAAACGGUGAAAUCAGGAAAAGGAGAGGAGGGAGUAGGAUAAAAACACAAUGAAGGAGUGCCAGGUAAGUACAAUCACUCCGUCCCUCCCAAUCGUCCUUCAUGGUGCACAGAAGUAACAUUUCCUAACUUCAACUUGUAGAGCGCAGUAUGUGCCAACAGAUGUCCCUCCUACCAUAGUAGAAAUAUCAAUAGUAACAAUGAUUAUACUAACAGUAAUAAUGGCAACAAUAGUGGUAUCGUUUCCUAAUGUCUUGUCAUGGUCUUGAAGAAGCAAUGUUGUCUUUAACGACCCUCAUCAUGCCCAGAAAGCGGAAAGGGGAUCUUGUACUGAGCGUAAUGGCGACUUUGUCCUUCAAGUCAGUGCUCUAAAUAACUGAUAAUAAAUCCUGGUUAGAGUCAUGACAUUAAUCAGCUUGUGUGAGAGUACUGAAACAAUUGGACCUAAUAAAUGGCAACGAUAUUUAUACUUUAUGUCCUCAAUCUACAAAGCGUUUGCAAAUUUGCUGCAAAUGUUUAUUUUUUUUGGCUUCCUUGGUAGUCCUCUUAUAUCUAUUGAGUCUUCGUGGAUCGAUCUCCGCCCAUAGUGACAUAAAUUUUUAAUGGCACAAAGACUCAUGCCGUCCCCUAAAUAUCCCCGAUGCAGAGGAAGGCUGUGUUAGGAGCACCAUGUUUGUGUUCUUCAGUCACUCGGUGAUAGCCUGACAAAACAGCCAACUUCCAGCAUGACUACAGCUCGAUCGUCUGAGUGCAGAUCACUAAGCUCCCGCCUGCCCUGAUGUGUCUCUGCUUCAAGACAUUUUAGAAGGAUUCCCAGUUCCUGGUUCACAGUUCCUCGGCUCAUCCCGUAACCGUCCUACGCUAAAUGAGCAGUAUUAAUCAAUAUUUGGAAUCACCUUCUGGUGUCAGCUUAAAACAUUAUUUUAAGAUUUCUGUGGAGGAUAAAAUGCAUUGCAGAUUAUUGUAGCUUGAUUAGCCCCUGUGGGAAUUUUCUUGUUAUGUCAUAGACGAUAAAACAACAGUAUGUAUUCUUUCAUGGGUAGUUAGAGUUGACCGCUUGACUGAUAAUAACAGCUUACCAUUUAUUACUAGACUUCACAAACCAUUGACGAUACAUAUUACUCAACAAAAGAUAGUUAAAACAAAAGCAUUAUUGUCUUUUCGGAAUUAUGUUUUAAAAUUUAACUAUUGUACAUUUUGCCUGAAGAGAAUCUAUAGCUUUAAUUAGGAAGUUCAACAGUUGUAGAUUACGGUCUCAAAAUUUCUGCAGCCGUCCAGUUGAAAUCCAAGGAGUAAACUUUGAUGCAAUUCUCACUGUAGUCGAUGGGUUUGUUGUGGUCACAGGCGCUUCUUUUCCUGGCUGUUCUCCUUCAAGUCGCGGCUCCUCAGGUGCGGUUUCCUGUCAUACAUUCAUCCUCCUUUGCAUCCUGCGCUGGUUUAUUACGAUGUGUUGAGGAAGAUGGGUACUAUUGUCUUCAAAGAAAUAAAUGAUGACGCGAGCGAA